GCAAGACCAUUGCCAGCCCUCUCUACAUCAUUUUCUCUCAGCACCUCCGAGCCAACCGAUGUGCAGCCAAACCCACGCCGAGCAACCGCUGCCGCGGGGACGGAGCAACAGCGGCUGGGGAACGGCUGCCGGGGCUGCACAGCGGCGGCCACCGCCGGAUCGGGGCUCCCCGCACGGAAGGGCCGAGGAAGCGGCCGCCGCUGUGCCCCAGCGGGCGGACAGCACCGCGUCCCGCUGGCUGGGACCCGCCCCCACGGCCACGGCCACGGCCGGGCGCCGCGAUCCGUGCCCCCCACCGCCCACCUCCCACUGCCGCGUCAGGCCAGCGGCUGCUCGCUCAGGCCCGGAGGUCAGGUCCCUUGGGCCACGGCUUGUGUUGAGAAUGACAUUAGGAGCAGAAAUUACUAGCCAGCUCAAGGCUUCUUCAUACUUAGCAUCAGGCCGAAACCUUUUGAGAUGGGACCUAUCACCAGAGCAAAUUAGAACAAGAACAGAAGAACUAAUCAGGAAAACAAAGCAUGUAUAUGACACUGUUGGGAUGCUUGAUACUGGAGAAGUAACACAUGAAAAUACUGUACGGGCCUUGGCAGAUAUAGAAGUCGAAUAUGCAGUGGAAAGAAGCAUGUUGGAUUUUCCCCAGCAUGUCUCACCUGACAAAGAGGUACGCUUAGCAAGUACAGAAGCUGACAAAAAGCUUUCUAAUUUUGAUGUGGAGAUGAGCAUGAGAGAAGAUGUGUUUCAGAAGAUUGUCUAUCUGCAGCAAUCCUGCAAUCUUGAAAAUGUAAAGCCUGAAACAAAGCGAUAUCUAGAGAAAUCGGUUCAAGUUGGAAAAAGAAAUGGACUCCAUCUUCCUAAAGAAGUGCAGAAUGAAAUAAAGAUGAUGAAGAAAAAAAUGAGUGAGCUGUGUAUAGACUUUAACAAAAACCUGAAUGAGGAAAACACCUUUCUUACAUUUUCUAAGGAAGAACUUGAAGGCCUUCCUGAUGACUUUAUUAAGAGCUUAGAGAAGACUGAGGAAGAAAAAUAUAAAAUUACUUUAAAGUAUCCCCACUAUUAUCCUGUCAUGAAGAAGUGCUGCAUUUCAGAAACCAGGAGAAAAAUGGAGUUUGCCUUUAACUCAAGAUGCAAAGAGGAGAACACAAAAAUCCUUCAGCAGUUGCUUCCACUAAGGGCAAAAGUAGCGGAGCUUCUUGGUUAUAAUACACAUGCCAACUUUGUCCUGGAGGUAAACACUGCAAAGAGCACAGAUAAUGUAACAGCCUUCUUAGAUGAUUUGAGUAAGAAGCUAAAACCAUUGGUUGAAGAAGAAAGGGAAUUUAUUCUGGAUUUGAAGAAAAAGGAGUGUAAAGAAAGAAACUUUGAUUAUGAUGGAAGAAUCAAUGCAUGGGAUCUUCAUUAUUAUAUGAACAAGACAGAAGAGCUGAAGUACUCCAUAGAUCAAGAAAAGCUGAAGGAAUACUUCCCAAUUGAGGCUGUUACAGAAGGCUUACUGAAUAUUUACCAGAAACUACUGGGACUUGUAUUUGAGCAAGUAGAAAGUGCUCAUGUUUGGCAUGACAGCGUUACUCUUUAUACAGUAAAGGAUAAUUCAACAGGAGAGAUGUUAGGGCAAUUCUAUUUGGACCUUUACCCCAGAGAAGGAAAGUAUGGGCAUGCAGCGUGCUUUGGUCUCCAGCCUGGCUGUCUUCUAUCUGAUGGCAGCAGAAUGAUGUCUGUAGCUGCUCUGGUAACCAACUUCACAAAACCAGCAUCAGAUCACCCUUCAUUGCUGCGACAUGAUGAAGUAAAGACUUACUUCCAUGAAUUUGGUCAUGUAAUGCAUCAGAUAUGUGCACAGACUGAUUUUGCUAGGUUUAGUGGAACUAAUGUGGAAACAGACUUUGUAGAGGUACCUUCACAAAUGUUUGAGAACUGGGUGUGGGAAAAAGAACCACUACAGCAAAUGUCAAGACAUUAUAAAGAUGAGAGCCAUGUUGCAGACACUCUCCUUGAGAAACUUGCUGCCUCUAGACUGGCUAAUACAGGCCUUUUAACACUCCGCCAGAUUGUUUUGAGCAAAGUUGACCAGGCACUGCAUACAAAACCAUCUGUUGACCCAGCAGAUGAAUAUGCCAAAUGCUGUAUGGAGAUUCUAGGAAUUCAUGCCACCCCAGGAACAAACAUGCCAGCUACUUUUGGACAUCUGGCAGGUGGAUAUGAUGGUCAAUACUAUGGGUACCUGUGGAGUGAAGUGUUUUCUAUGGACAUAUUUUAUAGCUGCUUUAAGCAAGAAGGAAUAUUGAAUCCAAAGGCUGGGAUGAAAUACAGAAAUCUAAUUUUGAAACCUGGAGGAUCUUUGGAUGGGAUGGAUAUGCUACAAAAUUUCUUGGAUCGUAAACCGAGCCAGAGAGCUUUCCUAUUGAGUAAAGGAUUGUGUGUUCAGUAAAAUUAUGGUUCCUUUGUAAUGGCGUAUGAAUGAGCUGGAAAUGUCAGUGUAUUUAACAUUUUAACUGUGUACUCAAGGGAAAUUGGGUCACUUUUUGAUGAUUUUUUUUUUUUUACUUGCAUAAAUAAAAAUAACUCUUGAAGUUGCAUAGAACCACAAAAUUCAACACAGCAGGGAAAGAAGUGUGAAAUGUGCAAAAGCUGAGGGAUUUGGAUUGUGCGUUUUUUGAAUUGUUAUGAAAUAAUACUAACCAGUAUGGGGACUUGAUGCCAUGUUUCUCUUUUAAUAGAUGCACUUGAACUAUGUCUUGUGAAUUAAUUUAAAAUCUGGAAGGGGAUAAAAGGACACUACAGCAAUAAAAGAAACAUUCAUUCUUA